UGUUGCAACUGCUGAUUAACUUCCCCAACCCAUCUGGCCCACAAUGAGAUUCUGCAAUAUGGGUUCCCUUUUUUCCCAUCUUUAAUCAUCUUUCUCUGCUAUAAAAUCCUUCUUCACAAGAGGCUGCUCAACCCCUGGCAAGACAAAUCUAGUGCCUCUUUUUUUGUUUAUUUUCUUUGUUAGAUUGAUAUGGAGAACUCUUUGAGUUCAUGUGUGAACAAAGCUGUUGCUUCUAAAGGAACCGCAGACUGUUCUGAGGAGAGUGGUUGGACUGCAUACUUUGAAGAUUUCUCAAGAGACAGAGAACAUAGUUUCUCUAAUUAUAGUUUUGGUACCUCUUCUUUGGUCUCUGAUGCUGCUUCUUCUGCUGCAUGGAAAAACUCCUCCCAAAACGAUCUCAAGACUCCUAAGCGAUUAUGUUUCAAGAAAACAAGAACCAAAGUCAUUUCUGUUGAGGAUUCUUUGGAGGAUACUGCCAGCUCUCCUGUUAAUAGUCCCAAGGUUAGUGAUUUUGAACCAGUUGAUAUGAAUCCUGGAAAGGCACAUGAUCCUAUGAUUAGUUCUCUGGGAAAGGGAGGUACUUUAGAGCAUUAUCCAGAACUGCAGGCAGAUGAAAUGAAAUUUAGUGGAAAGAACAAUGACUGUGCAGAUUUAAGGAAGAGGGGGUUGUGCUUGGUUCCUCUGUCCAAGCUAGUGAACUAUUUUGGUUGAUUAAUCAUUAUCAAGCUUGGUUCCUCUCUCUCUCUCUCUCUCUCUCUCUCUCUCUCAAGUAAAAUAACUUCUAGAAACGUACAAAGAAACUUCCUGCAUGUCAACUUGUUCUUGAUUAUAAUGGGUACUGCUGAUCAUCUA